AUGCGAUGCUCCCCAACGUCACCAGCUGCUUAUCUCCUUUACCUCUUCCAGGAACAAUCUUUCAACAGGGCCUCCGGGAGCCUGAAUGUCUUAAAUGCUGCUGAUUUCUGGUUCAGUGGCAGUUUGAAAUCCUACUGCCAGUGUCAAGCCAACAGGGCAUAUUACUUCAUCGCUUCUGAAGAACUGAAAAGAUUGCAGCCAACAAUCAAACAAGUUAGCGAUGGAAAAUAUGUAUUUGAAAACCACCAGAUUGCCAUGGAUAUGGAGGAUAAUAUUGAAAAAUAUCACCUCAAUCUUCAGCCAUUGGAAUCAAAAGUGAAAAUCAUCCAGAGAGCAUGGAGGGAAUAUCUCCAACGUCAGGAUCUGUCCCACCAGGAUCACCUGGAGAAGCGGAGUCCAUCUCCCCCUUCUGUCUCCUCCGAUAAGAUGAGCAGCUCUAUCAGCAUGAACACCUUUUCAGAUGGCAGCACACCUGUUCGCUGCAGCCUGCUCGCCCUCGCUGAGCUGCAUUUCUCUCCCCACCCAGCGUGA